AAUUGUGCGCAGCAUAUGCAAGAACGACGCAGAGCAGUUAUUCAAUACAACAUAAGGAGCACAAUCGCAUUCAAAGCAGUACUGCGUGCUCACUCAUUACGAGCUAUUUGGAAUAAAAAGCGCGCACAACUUAUUGGAUUUAUUGAACUAAAACAUACAAUGAAGGCGAAGUGUUCGUGUCAUCAAGCUCUCUUCUUAAUCGCGUUGAUUGAAGUAAUAUUGCUUCCUGAUCUGACAUUAAGUACUUCGUCAAAAACUAAGAAGACUGCCAAAAAGCGUAAAGCAGAAGAUUGUGUUUUAAUAAAAGAAAAAACGAAAAAUAAAUGGGCAAUUGAAUGCCCAAAACAAACGAGAAAAAAGCAAUGUUCAUGCCGGGGUCGCAGGGGUUCUAGAGGAGCAAGAGGAAGACAGGGACCUGCAGGACCACCUGGACAGGCAGGUACAGACGGACGCGAUGGUAGACCAGGUAUACGUGGACUUUCAGGAAUGACUGGACCAAUUGGACUACGAGGAAUAAAAGGGAGUAAUGGACUUACUGGACCACCAGGACCACCAGGGCUAGCAGGACGUGAUGGUCAGCCUGGACCUCCAGGACCACCGGGAAUAUCAGGAACAUGUAACAGACAAAACACAACAGUGACACCUUUGAAACUCAUAAGGACUUCCUGCCUACCUGGUGCACCAGGCCCACAAGGUGAGCCUGGUAUUACAGGACAAGCUGGUCCUAUUGGACCAACAGGUCUACCAGGUGACAGGGGUAUGGAUGGAAAUCCUGGAGUAAAGGGAUCCAAAGGAUAAAGGACUACCAGGGUCACCAGGAAAGAUUACAAGUCCAAGGUGUAUUGUACAUUUUACACAAUGGUUUGACGAGACAAAGUGGAAAAGUCUUACACCAGAAAUUGGUUGUAAAGGAAGUUCUUUCUUACAAAAAUUUGCACUUCAGCGAACUAGUCCAAGUAUGCGUUAUAAAUACACUUGCUGUCACUUCAUAUAAACAUAAAAUUACGUUUUAACCAGUAAUGUUGUUUAAGAAUGUGGCUGUUGUGUCAACUCAAACAUUUAUAAGUUAUACUUAGCAAACAUGAGUACAUUAAAACUGCACUAGUUGACAGUUAUAUUCAUGUGAGAACUCAAUGUACUCUUUUAUAAUGGAUGAUAUCCAUCAUAAGAACAAAUAAGUUUAUAAGAUACAUAUGAAGAGAAUGUAUUUCCAUGACUUAUCAAGGGUUUUCAAAGAAAUAUUUAUGACGAAUAUAUAAAAUGAGUUUUUGUGCUAAGCCCAUAAAAAUUGUGGAAUAUCACCAUCUGUUAUAUUUUUGCUGUUGUUUACUUAAUAACAAAUUAUAAAAAAGCACAUGAUA